GCUGUUUCUCAGUAAAGGAAAGCCUCGUUCCAUCACUACUACAUCUGCCCAACAGCGCCUAAAACCCCAGGGCCUGAAAUGGCCUUCCCAUCUGUGACUGCUCAGCCUCUUCCCUUUGGUCUGGAAAGGGAGAGACAUAUUGACAUGCUCUUCAGAGCUUUCCACAGGCCGAUUGGACCUGCUACAGACUGCCAGGACCUCACGGCUGAGCUCGGGUCUACAGACAGGAGAGGAGAGGACGAGGGACCCGGCGGGAAAAGACUGGGAAAACUGUCUGUUCUGAGAACAGUCACGAGACUCCACAUUAAUGCCAGACCUGAACUACAAGGUCCACAGUGUGUCGCCCGAAGAACAUACAGCAUCUCCACAGAAACCAGUGAUCAGCUCUUUGUGGCUGUGGAAGAGAGCUCAUGCGUUUGUAUGCAGUGCUGUGGUCCGGCUCGAUCCUGUUCACUACAAGGCUUCGAUAAGAACGCAGAGUGUGUCUUCCGGUUCGAAAGGCCCCUGAGAGCAGAGAUGUGCUGGCUCGGCUGCUGCCUGAUGGAAAUAAGGGCCUAUACACCAGAGAGAGAGUUUAUUGGGACGGUUCACCAAAGGUGGAGUAUGUUCACGCCGUAUUUCGAGGUGUGUGACUCCGAGGGCAUCUCAGCUGUGAGGAUCCUGGGCUCCUGCUGUAACACACGAUGUCUUUCUGAGCAAGAGCUUCAGGUGGUUUCCACUAUUGGGGAGAGUGUUGGGCGCAUAUGGAAGAGGUGGCCUGGAUAUAGUGAGGAAUGUAACAUGGAUCAUGAGUAUUUUGGACUGGAUGUACCUCAAGGAAUGAAUUUGAACACAAAAGUGCUGUUACUAGCUGCUACCUUCCUGCUGAAUCAUAUGUUUUUUGAGAUGAGCUAAGUGGAAAUGGCAUAUCUUCUGGGACAUAAAAGACAUCUGCUUUACCUCUCAAGUGGAGUGUGAACCCAAGAACUAUGGUAAAACUAUGGGGACGCUUAACAAGAUGCAGCAGUUUACUGAUCCAAUCGCAUCUGAGCUGGACAGUGUAGUGCACAUCAAGAAUCCCUGUACAGAGCCUCUCUACACCUCUAUAAACUAAACACACCGAAAUAGCAUUUAAAUGUUGAGUAUUAAUUUGCACAGAACAUAAUAUUAACCCUAUAGUUUCAUAUUUAAUACACACAUUCCUACGGCC